CCAUCGCAACGGGUUUGCGAUCCGUCGGCUCUGCACCAUGAACCUACUCGUGGCGGGAUUUAUUCCCCUGGUGAUCCUCGGAACGCUGGCGGGAGACGUCCUCGGUCAGAGCACCUGCAGUGGUAAGUGUGUGCCGCUCAAGAACUGCCUCCAGGACGAAAACGAUGCACCACCGGAAGUGGAUCUGCGGAUCGGGCAGGAGGAAUCGACCGUCGUUGGCCAGUGUGCCCACUACCUGGAUGUGUGCUGUGCGGACGAUCACAUCGAGGAGCAGUCAACAUCACCGCCGAAUGGUCCUAGAACGACGACGGAGGAACAGUUCCAACCGUGUGGUCAGCGUAACACGGACGGUGUUGGCUUCCGGCUCGGUGGUGUUGUGGAUGAAGCGGAAUAUGGCGAGUUCCCGUGGACCCUGCUCGUGAUGGAGAUGACGGAUAUCGGCGAUUUCGGCAGGAAGGAGAUAUACGUGUGCGUCGCCUCGCUGCUGGCCCCCAACGUGGCCCUCACGGUGGCCCACAACGUCGUGAACAAGACGGCCACGAACCUGUUGGUGCGCGCCGGAGAAUGGGACACCCGAAGCGACUCGGAGGUGCUACCGACCCAGGAAAGUGCCGUGCAGAACGUGCUGAUACACGAGCGGUACAACCAUCACCAUCAUUUCGACGUGGCGCUGCUCGUCCUGGCGAAACCAUUCUAUCCGGCCGAAAACGUCCAGACCAUCUGUCUGCCUCCGCCGGGAGUUCGGCCGGCAGCGACCACCGAGUGCAUCACCGGCGGCUGGGGCAAGGACAAGUUUGGCAAGGGUGGGGUUUACCAGCAGAUCCUGAAGCGCGUAACGCUGCCCAUCGUGCAGUCGGGCAAGUGUCAGGAGGCGCUACGAGCCACCCGGCUCGGGGCCAAGUACACCCUGCACAGUUCGUUCCUGUGCGCCGGCGGGAAGGAGGGGGCCGAUGUGUGCUCCGGUGACGGUGGAGCCGCCCUCGUGUGUCCCAUGCACGGUUCGUCGACGCGCUACUAUCAGGCGGGUAUCGUCGCUUGGGGCAUCGGGUGCGGCGAUAAGGUUCCCGGCGUUUACGUGGACGUUCCGUCCGUGCGGGACUGGAUCGUGAGCAACCUGAAGUCGCUGUCCGUAAAUCGCGUGUUCUACGAAGGGUCGUAACAGUGGGGGCUUAUUUAAAUUAGCGUAACACGUAUCCUGAUGAAAAUACACAGAAGUCUAGCUGGUAGC